AUGUCAACAUUGUAUUUGGAGGCAGCCAAAGUAUUGAACAAGAUUGAAAAAAAGAAUGUAGGAGUACGUUCAGCUAUCUAUUCAGAAAAGCAAAGGAAAUGUAACAUUAGAAAGUUAAGUGCACUAGUUCAUGGAGUAAAUAGAAAAAAGAAAGAGCUUGAAGUUAUUCUUCAAAAAAGCCAUUUGUUAAAAGGUUCAGACAUUAGCCAAAUUACGAAUUAUUGGCUAUUAUUGGUAUUAGCAUACGAACAACUAUUUGGGAGUUUGAAGAUUCAGGGGGGAGGAGCUCUAGCAAGAUUGGUUCGAAAGAAUAAAGAUAAGCUUUAUGAAUGUUUUGCUAGAGAGUAUCCUGAGUUGGUUAAUGAAAAACACCAUUUAAAGGUUCAUGAGAAAAUUCCAAGGUAUUUAAGGGUAAAUACUAGUAUUGAAAGCACUGAGUCAGUAUUAAAUUCAAUUUUGGAGCAAAUAAGACAGACAGAUCAAUUCAGAAAUGAAAAUGAGGAUUUUUUAAAGUAUGUUUGGAUUGAUAAAGAUAUUAAAAAUUUAAUUGUUUGUAAGAACGAGAUUGCCAAACUGUUAUGUUUAGAUAGGAUACCAAGUAAUAAUGAGUUAAUUAAAACAUCUAAAGUUGCAUUGCAAGACAAGGGAAGUUGUUUUUCUGCAGUAUGUGCAAAAAUAACUCCUGGAGAUUUUGUAUUAGAUGCUUGUUCUGCUCCUGGAAGUAAAUCAUUGCAUAUUAUUGAUAUGUUUAAAAGAAAAGGGCGAUUGGUCGCUUUAGACAAGGACUUUAAUAGAAUAAAAACUUUGAUAAAAAGGAUCUCGGAAGUUCCAUAUUUAGCUGGACCUUUUAUUUAUAAGAGCAAGAACUUUGAACUGGUAGAAAUUGAAGGAAUAACAGACGAAUGUUUAUCAAAUGAAAUUGGCUGCAUAUUUCUGGACAAAGAAUCAAAACUUAUUAAGGACAAUAAAUCAAUAAAUAUUAGUAGUUUGGAUAAGACUCAAGCACCUGAUCUACUUAUUCAAAUAGCAAAAUGUGAUUUCCUAAAUCUGAUACCUGAUACAGACGAUCACCAUUUACCUUGGUAUCACUUUAGAAAUACCAUAUCUAACAUACGUGUAAUUAUUUUAGAUCCUUCUUGUUCAGGUAGCGGACUACCUCAACAUGGUAAAGUUGAAAAUGAAAAUAUAGAAAAAAGGCUUAAAAGUUUAUCAGAGUUUCAGACUAAAAUGCUAAUACAUGCUCUAACUUCGUUUCAAUCUGCCAAUACCAUUUGUUAUUCAACUUGUUCGGUAUUCACAGAAGAAAAUGAACAAGUUGUGUUUAAUUCUCUCGAGAAGUGUAAAGAUAGUGAAAAUUCACGAUUUUCACUUGACUUUGCGGUUGAAAACUGGGAGAACCCCCCUAGAACAUGCCAGAAUUAUUCUUUUAGUGAGAUUUACAAAAAAUGUUUAUUUGUAAAUCCUGAAACUCAUAAUUGCAGAGGAUUUUUUCUCGCAAAGUUUGUAAAAAAUUCGUCUAUUUGA